CACAGCUUGCAAUGCAACUAGUUAGCAGGAAAGCAGAAGUUUAGCACAAGAAGUGCCCAGUGGAGGAAAGGGUGGAGAGUAAAAAGGACGGGAAGGGAGGAGAGGAAAAGGGAGGGGGAGAGAGCCGGGUUAGUUUUUUUGGAGAUGGCUUUCCGAAGGAGAAAAAGUUAUCCCGUAUUCAGCCAGGAGUUUGUAAUCCACAACCAUGCAGACAUUGGAUUAUUCUUCGUGGUGUGCAUCCUCAUCGGGCUCAUGUUUGAGGUUACAGCAAAGACAGCCUUCCUCUUCAUAUUACCUCAGUAUAACAGUAGUAUACAGUCACUUGAUGGUGAGAUAGUUUAUUAUCAUUAUGGUGUGAAAGAUUUGGUCACUGUUUUGUUCUAUGUCAUCAUUGCUAUUAUUCUGCAUGCGAUUGUGCAGGAAUACAUUCUUGAUAAAAUUAACAGGCGGCUGCACCUGUCCAAAGUGAAGCAGAGCAAGUUUAAUGAAUCUGGGCAGCUAGCGGCUUUUCACUUUGCCUCAAUGUUCUGGUGUCUGUAUGUAGCGGUCACAGAAGGCUAUUUGUCAAAUCCAAAGACCUUGUGGGAAAGUUAUCCUCAUGUUUACCUUCCCUUCCAAGUCAAGUUCUUCUACCUGUGUCAACUUGCCUACUGGUUGCACGCACUGCCUGAAUUAUACUUCCAGAAGGUGAAAAAGGAGGAGAUUCCACGUCAUUUGCAAUAUAUUCUUCUAUACCUUCUCCAUAUAGCAGGAGCCUACCUACUGAAUUUAACGCGACUGGGGUUGAUACUGUUGCUGUUACAGUCUGUGGCUGAGUUUCUAUUUCAUAUCGCCCGACUAUUCUACUUCACAGAUGAAAAUAACCAAAAACUGUUUAACGCCUGGGCGGUGGUUUUUGUGAUAACACGACUUUUUACGCUCACGCUGUCGGUUUUGACCAUUGGCUUUGGACUUGCUCGAGCUGAGGUGCAUCCAUUCAACCCUGACAAAGGAAACUUCAACACACUACUUUUUAGGAUGUUUGUGCUGCUUAUGAUGUGCGGGUCCCAGACAUGGAUGAUGUGGCGGUUUAUACACUUUCAGUUACGUCGUUGGCGAGAGUGUUGUAAAGAACAAGCAGCUAAAAAGAGAGCUGCAGCGGCUGCCCUGGCAAAGCAGCAAACCAAAGUUCUUAAAAGGGAGUCAGGUUACCAUGAAAAUGGAAUUGUAAAAGCAGAGAAUGGAUCCACACCUCGACCGAAGAAAAUCAAAUCUCCUUAAAAACCAAACCCAGCUUGGCAGACACAAAGGUCACAGGAACCCAGGACUUGCUCUGUGUACACAAAUUCUGCCAGCAUUGUUGUCCCUAUGUGGGCAUCAUACAAAAGAAGUGCCUUUCAGUCCUCACUAGAAACUGUUUGCUACUUUAAAAAAUGCAAAAAAAAAAUAACUGCCGAAUUUGCCUUCAAUCCAAAUCUGGUACAUUCAAGCCUUGGAAAAUGUACAUUCCUUGCCUGUUACGUGAAAUUCAGUAUUCUUAUUUACUGUUCUUUUUUUUCCCCCAAAGCAAACCACACCAUCCCUACUGGGCAGUUCCACCAUCAAGUUACAUAUGUGGAGUUCUACCUCUAUCUGGCUGUUUAAUACCAUGAGUUUAACAGCGUUAUCAAGGGUCUUUAUCUUUACACCCAGCCUCAUUCAAUCUCUGGAUUGCUGGGAGCCUUUCUAUCAACACAGCAUCAGAUACAAUGGACUGGCUAAUUAAGAAUGAAACAUUUUUCGUAUUUUUUUUUGUCUCUUAUAAGUGCUCCAGAUAAUGGAAAGGGGUAUUUGAUAAAAGUUUACACUGAUAUGCAGCCAAAAGUGUACUGCUUCCUUAUACAACCCUGGCCCAGCACAUCUACUCAAAUGUGUGCUCACUAGACCUUGUGGUUAGUCUGAGACCAAUUACUCAAGUGUUUCUGAAAUGCUAACAUACCCCAGUCAACUUCUGUUCUAGUGAGGCAUAGCUUACCAUGGACAAUAUGUGACUUAGUGAUCUCAAGAAGCAAUCCCUUAUAGUCUUUAAUUAAUGUACUUUUAGAAAUGUAAGUUAUCAUUCUCCAUCCAAAGGUUGUUCAGAAUUGUAAAAGAUCAUUUCCAAUAGUGAAUAUCAUGUUAGUGUGAAUACUGCCAAAAUGUCCUCCGUUCCUGGAUCCUUUUUCAUUGUCCAAAAGGAUAUGCUUAUUAUUUGAUACAUUUAUUCCACCCAAAGAGUUUUUUUUGUUGUUUUUUUUUUUUUUUUGUCUUUUUAAUCAUUAAUGUUUUAUAAUGAUAAUAGAUUAUAGUUCCCAACUCAAUAA